AGCUCUUUUAACUUAUUGAAUUCAAUGACAUCUUAAUAAAUUUUUGUAAUAUGUGCACUAUUAAUAUUAAAGUUAAGCUAUCUGGAAAUUUACUCAAUCCUAUCUGCAUUUAUCACCCACACUCAAUUUCUUACUAUAUAUACAUAUUUCAUCGAUAUUCAAUUUCACAAAAACUCUCCUUCAUUUGCACUCUUCUCUCUUUGUUUUUUUUUUUGAGAAAACAAAAAAAUAUAUGUUGAUGAUGUGGCGUAAACUGAAGAAGGUGCUUUCACUUAAGCGUAAGGAUAACAAUCCCCCCAAAUCACCUGCUAUCCCUGCAGCGCCGUCCUCCUUGUCCCGUUUACCUAGCCCCACCGCACAAUCAUCCAAGGAAACAUGUGUAAUUUGCCUUGGGAGUAUAAAAGCUGAGAAAGGCAAGGCCAUAUUUACUGCUGAAUGCAUGCAUUCUUUUCACUUCAGCUGCAUCGGCGAAAAUGUUAAGCAUGGGAACCUCAUUUGCCCCAUCUGUAGAUCCAAAUGGAAGGAGAUCCCUUCCCAAUUUGGUGCUGAUGUUACUAUAGUGCGUCGAAUUCGGGUGCUUCAUUGUGUUAACCACUCUCGUCCUUUACCAACAGUAUCUCCACCCCUUCCCCAACACGUCCAAUUUUUCAGAUGGGGGCUCAAGCAUUAUACAUAUCAUGGGCUAUAAUAUGGUUUCGGAUGAUCAGCACUCAGGCCGCAGUUAGUACAACUUUAGAUCGGCCUUGGUAGUGUUAUUGGUGAGUCUUCAUAUUUCGAGGACGAUCAAUAGAUUUCAUUCAGUUGUUACUGUUUUAGUUUUUCAAAAAGAUAGAGUUAGCUAGGGGCUUGUCCUAGCAACUCAUGUCAGUAGAGGCUUUCAGACAGUCAGAUUUGCUCCAGCUUAUCUUUACUCAGAUACUUGUUGCUUUCAGUUUAAUAAACCUAUUUAUUA